AAACACCAUCAAAUACCACAAUUCAUAUUAAUCCUUUAAACAUUCAUCCAUACCACUUCACUUAAUUGCACAAAGAAAUGGGUGCGAAAUUCGGAGGUGCAUUUCUUCUUCUUCUUCUUGUCGUUGUGGUUGCAGCAACAUCGACAUUAGAUGCUGCUUCAGCAAACAAAGAGUGGAGCACCGUAGCCGGAAACUGGAACAAGAGGCCGCACCCAAAUGCAACCGAGGCUGCCUCCAAGAGAUUCACGGUAGGUGGAGAUCAAAACUGGCGUUUCGGGUUCAACUACACUAGCUGGGCCAUCAACAGCGCGCCAUUCUUCUUAAACGACACCUUAGUGUUCAAGUACGAUCCACCAAACGACACCACGUUUCCUCACAGUGUUUACCUGCUGCCGGAUUUGCGGAGCUUCCAAAACUGUGAUCUGAGAAGAGCGAGGAAGAUCGGAGACGUGAGUGCAGGCGGUGGCGAUGGCUUGGAGUUCGUGUUGAAGAGGUGGCAGCCAUACUAUUUCGCAUGUGGCGAGCACGAGGGCAUCCACUGCAAAGAUGGCCUCAUGAAAUUCGCGGUCUGGCCCUUGAUCCGUUGGUUCUAUUGAACAAACACUACCCAUUUUCGUUCUUAUUUGAGUUGUUGUUUUUGGUUUGUUUGCGUGUGAUUUUGUUAUUCGUUUCUAGAAAGUUUUUAACAUGUUUUGUUACUCAUAUCUUGCUAUGUACGGGCAUGGGUCAUAAAGCAAUAUUUGUAACAACAGAUUUGAGUUGUUUUGA